AAAGGAUUCCGAGGUUCCCUUCCCAUUCCCUUGAAAAGUCCAAGGUGAGACUAUUCAAAAUAUCUGGUAUGAUUCAUCGUCUGCAAGCUUACCCUCCAAGCUGUCUGGCUUUUAUAUAAAGCUCCCCCAUUUGCUCUGUCUCUGCACAAUCAAAACCAAACCCACCAUGGCUGGUCUUACUUCUUUUUCCUCUGUGCUCUUGAUUUCAUCUCUUUUACUGGCUUCCUAUGCUUUUGCCUCAGAGGUAAAAUCCUCUGUCCCAAUAAUGAAAGGGCUCUCAUGGUCAUUCUACGACUCUAAAUGCCCUAAGCUUGAAUCCAUCGUCAGAAAGCAGCUCAAGAAGGUUUUCAAGAAGGAUAUCGGUCAAGCUGCAGGCUUGCUGCGCCUCCAUUUCCACGACUGCUUUGUUCAGGGAUGUGAUGCUUCUGUGUUGCUUGAUGGAUCAGCCAGUGGUCCGAGCGAGCAGGAUGCGCCUCCAAACCUCAGCUUGAGAGCUACGGCAUUUGAGAUCAUCAAUGAUCUCCGUGACCUCGUCCAUGACAAGUGCGGAAGGGUCGUUUCUUGCGCGGACAUCACUGCUCUUGCUGCGCGUGAUGCUGUUUUCCUGUCAGGAGGCCCCGAUUAUGCCGUGCCACUUGGAAGGAGGGACGGACUAAACUUUGCAACACAGGAAGUAACAUUGGCCAACCUCCCCCCACCUACAAGCACCACCAGUGACCUUCUUGCCAACCUGUCCUCCAAAAACUUCGACGCCACCGAUAUUGUUGCCCUCUCCGGUGGCCACACCAUCGGCAUCGGUCACUGUGCCGGCUUCACUGGUCGCCUCUACCCGACUCAGGACCCUACCAUGGACAAGACCUUCGCCAAAGACCUUAAAAAAAUAUGUCCCACAAACGAAUCCGAUGGCUUCACAGAUUUGGACAUCCGGUCCCCCAACAAGUUUGAUAACAAGUACUAUGUUGAUCUCAUGAAUCGCCAAGGCUUGUUCACGUCAGACCAAGAUUUGUACACUGAUGAAAGGACAAGGGACAUUGUCACUAGCUUUGCUGUUGAUGAGAACCUCUUCUUUGAGAAGUUCGUUGAUUUCAUGACCAAGAUGGGGCAACUUAGCGUGCUGACCGGCAAGCAUGGAGAAGUUCGUGCCAAUUGCUCCGUGAGGAACUCUGACAAUGUAAAAUUGAAAACUUUGGUGGAAGACGAAGAAGAGGAGGCAGCUGCUCAUUAUGAGUUGUAGGGUUGUUUUGGUGUUUCCAUAUCUUAACUUGGUUUGUGUAUUUCUAUUUUCCUUCUUGUCGAACUUUUGUAUUUCAUGGUUUCAAGGGAUAUCAGUACACUGCUUGUCUAAUGUUAAUGCGACUGUUUUUCUUUGACAAA